UCGAGAAAUAACGCGUCGGUGCGUGCUCUUCUGUUUAGAAAUUUGUGAUAUCUUCGCUAAAAUCAAGUGGCACGGUGAUAUUGUUUGAUCAGAGCCUCAGUUGAGAUUUGCAGAUUGACUUAAUAUAGAGUCAAGUGCCAUGAACACCUGCGAUAUGAUUGAUAAUCUCCAAGUCGCUUUUCGCGACAUGCAGCGGCUUGUCGAGUCUUACAACUCUUUGUUCCAAUAUUGGACAAAUCAAGACCAUUCAUUGGUGAAUUCCAUCAAUGCAAAUGCGAUGUAUAAUGACCUGAACAGCAUUCUGAACGUUGUGAAGACUUUCAAUACUGCCGGCUCUUUGAUUUGCUUCACCAGCGUUUUGCCAACUAAAAACGAAGCCAACGAGACUGAAAACUGCAACAAAGCUGUGAAUGAAGUCAAGAUCAUUAACGAACCAUCGAAUACUCUGCAAGAUUAUCAGACAAGAGAAUUCAACUUCAGCAAAAUUCUUCUUGAGGAGGGCGAUGCAGGGAAGUGUCUCAUAUCGUUUGUGGAUGAGAACAAGGGACUGAUCAACAUGACUGUGGUUUCUCCGGAGAACCUGAAGAUGUUUUCCAGUCUGGAGCAGGAAUGCCUGAAGAACGGCGAGUAUCAGUGGAUUCCACCCUCGAAUACCAUCUUCGGCUACCAUGACAUCGCAAACAAGGCAUUCUUCAGGGCUGUUUGUGUGAAUAACAACCGCAAAUUUUCAGAUGACAAAAUUGACAUCUUCCUCGUGGAUUUUGGACAGUACGACAAAAUCGACACCGUGGGACCUUUCUAUAAGCUCUCUGGGAAUUACAGCAGCAUUCCAGCUCAGGCCAGAGUGGCCAAACUACUCAAUGUCGAUGGUUAUCCCUUCGAUGAAUGGUCAGACAAACUGAGGACAGAUGAUCAUUUCAAUUUCAAAGUCGUUGAAGUGACGAACAAUAUCAUCUGCAUUAAUUUGAUGACGGAGAAGACAAACAAUCCCUCUGCUUUGGAUGACAGUGAUAUUUUACUGCCAUCCAAUGAUUUUGACUUGUCUGCGGAACUUCCACUGCCUCCACCUGCUUUCAGAAGCAGCAAUAGUGGAUCUUCGAGUAUGAAAAGCGUGCCGCAUAAUGGCUGUGACUUCAAACAUGAAGCUGAGGAGAACUUCAUGUUCAACGACGAUGAGGAUGAGGAAGAGUUGACGGGGACGAGUAAUGCCCUGAAGGCUGUCAUGGGCUUCGUUCCGCGGGACGACAGAGACUACUGCCAGUUCUUCGACCCAAAGACUCUGAGCUGCUUCAAGGGGGCGCAUUGUCGCAAAGUGCAUCUGCCGCUGGAUGAGAAUGGAAUCACUCAGGAUACCCAAACGGUCAGAAUGUCCAUUGCAAGUCCCACAAUGCCCACAGUGGGCGAUGAGAUCCAGGGAUUCAUCACGUGUGUGGUGAAUCCAGAGAUCUGCUAUGCCCACUUCACCAUUGGCGCUGUGCCGAAGCUGUUUCUGCUCAAUGAUCACAUCAGCAGACUUGUGGAGGAGAAUGCGCUGCAGCCCAUCAAUCACACACUGAACAAGUUUGAUCUCGUGACGGCCUUCUACGAUGGCCACUGGUACAGGGCUCAAGUGGUGGACUUCCCGGCUGGCCAGAAGUACCGCGUGCGCUACAUGGACUACGGGAAUACGGCAGAGGUGACGAAGAAUGACUUGCGCAAGUGGUGCUCAGAGUAUGAUCACACGCCCUUCUUUGCGCAUCGCGUGCGAAUUGCUAACAUUGCCACGAUUGAGGGGAAAAUCGUGGCGGCCACAAAGCAUCUUCAGAAGGCACUCAUGGGCGGCACUCAGCUGAAUAUGAACAAGAUCACGAUGAAUGUGAUAUCUGUUGAUCCAGAGAUCAGGAUGACUUUUAUCGAUGCUGAUGGCUUCGAUGUUGGCGAGAGCAUGAUUGCUCUCGAGUUAGUGAAUCCACGACAAAUUUAGACCAAAAAUCUC